AUGGUCCGCGCUGCUGUGUUCGCUACUCCACCUACGCCGAGAGCGGAUAGGUGGGGCACGUCCCCCGAGCGGCAAACGGCAUCCCCCGCGAGCCGCCGCGCCGACGAGGAUGCCCUCCGGAUGUACAUACAGAUACUGGCCGAGGGCCGUCUUCCCGGCAACAGGGCCAUCAUUGCCGCGCUGAAAGCCGGCGGCCCGGCCGCGGCCGGCGCAGUCCACGGCAAUGUCAUCAAGAUGGGAUCUUGCGCCGACAGAUUCGUCGCCAGCGCACUCCUCCAAUGCUACUCCGCCGGCGGGCGUGUGGCCUCGGCGUGGAAGGUCUUCGCCAGCGUCAGCGAGAAGGACGCGGCGCUCCGCACCGCUAUGCUUGUAGCGUGUGCGGACAACGGCGACCUCACGAGCGCUCGGGCGCUGUUUAACGAAAUUCCCGGGAGAGACGUCGUCGCCUGGAACGCCAUGCUGAGCGCGUACUCCCACUCCGAGCUCCCGGAGCGAGCCCUGGAGCUGUUCGAGGAAAUGCAGCUCUCAGGGACACGGCCCAACGAGAUCACUCUGGUCAUCGCCCUCUCCGCCUGCUCCCAGCUCUCCUCCCUCGCCCUCGGAAAAUGGAUACACCUUUACGUUGACAGGGCUUCGGACAUCAACCUGACCCCCACGCUGGUCAACUCCCUCGUCAGCAUGUACGCGAAGUGCGGCAGCCUGCGCGCCGCCGUGGAGGUCUUCCUCGAGAAGCACCCGCGGAACCUGGAAACCUGGAACGCCAUGCUGAGCGGCUUCGCCGCCUACGGUUGCGGCGGCGGCGCCCUCUCUCUCUUCUCCCAGAUGAUCAAGACCGCCGUGGCGCCCGACCGGAUCACCUUCCUCUCCCUGCUGACGGCGUUCGCCCGCGCCGGCAUGAUCGCCGACGCCCUCACUUGUUUCCGCUGCAUGCGCCGGAACUUCGGAGUGGUUCCCCGGCGGGAGCACUACGGCUGCCUCGUAGACGCCCUCGCGCGCGGCGGUCACCUGCAGGAGGCCUACGCGCUUGUAGAGGGCAGCCCCUUCGAGCCCGACGGCGCCGCCUGGGGCGCCCUGCUGGCUGGCUGCUGCGUCCACGGCGACGCGGAGAUCGGGCGGACCGCCGCCGAGCUCCUCCUGCAGCUCGAGCCAGGGGAAGGCGGCAGGCACAUUGCUCUCUCCAACCUCCACGGCAUGACGGGCAACAGCGUGGAUAUGGUGAGGUUGAAGCAGGAGACGGUGGGCCAGGGCAUUCACCUGCCUUCUGGGAGCAGCUCAAUCGAGGUCAACGGGGUUGUUCAUGAAUUCACGGCAGGGGAUCGGUCGCACACCCAGUCAGAACAGAUUUACUUGAUGAUUGCGAUGAUCAGUUCAAAUCUGCGGUGCACGCAAGAAAGCGCCCGAAAUUCGCCAUCCUAA